GUUCCAACUGCUUCAGAUUUGGAACCGCAGUCUCCCAAAGACAUCUGCAGUGCCAACUGUGGUUUGGUUUGUCCAAUUUAACAAGCUUGCCGGCUUUUAUAUAUAACCCUUAACAUUACUAUUGUUGGUUGUUACUAGUGUUUUUGUGUGAUUAAAUCGUUUAACCGGAAAUCAAAAAGCCAACCUGAUUUAGUUUCACUGUCGCUGGAGGGGCAAUAGUGUAAAUAAAAUAUUAGAAAAUUCAAAAGAUUUCUUCCGAUAUUCGUUUCCCGCCGACUUGGGGAUUUUCAAAAGAUACCUAGAAAAGAAAGAGUAAGAGAUGGGUGAUGGGCUUGAUAUCACAGUUGGAAGAUGGACAUUUCUACCUUGAAUACCUUUCAGCUUGUGUAAAGAUUGAUUUGUCCAAAGCAAUAUGCUUAUUUGGUACUAGUACCAUUGACAAUCUGGAGUUAUAUAGGGACAGCCAAAAAAUUGCAUUAUGACUACUUUUCUAUGACAAUCAGUACAAGAUGACCACAGGAAUUUUCUCAGAGAAUACUAUCAUUUUGGCACAAGGUGAAAUGCACAAUGGUAUCUUUCAGGUAAACUAGAAUAUCCUUCAGUGUGCAUUCAUAGGAACUACGAUUUUUAAUCGAUUGUUGUUCAUCUUGAUUUAUUAAGAUGUUAGAGUUAGGUGGGAAUAUAGAACUAAGUCGUGUGUAUGGUCUCCUCUGUUACUAAAAAUACGUACACAAGUCUCCCAAAACACUCUUGAAUAGAUUCAAUAUAAUGGAAUAUACAAAUGUAUGUUCCCAUCAGUGGAAUGAUGAUGGCCUGUCACAAAUAUCAGAAUUCAAUUAGUGAACAUAUUUUGACUAACUCGUCCUCUUCUAAAGUCUUUUUUUUUCCCUCAUAUUUGGUAAAGGUGAUUGCAUGCGGAUUUCCUCAUUUAGAAGACAGGGAUAAAACACUAAGUAUACAUUCUGAAAACUACUUCUUUGGAAGUGGCAGGCCAACUAAAGAUGAGAUGGUAAUCCCUGAGUCGUCGUUUGUUUUUCUGGAUUGAGAAAGUUGUAAAUUUCCAGUCUGAUGCCUUUUACAUAAAUAAGUCACAGCAGAAAAUAAAUAAAUGUACUUUUUGCCUCUGAUCACAGAUUAGACUUGCAGACCUGGAAAGAAAAGCGGUGAACGACACAUUUGUCAUAUGGCUGGAAGGUGAAGAGGUGAGCUGGAGUACUAACUACUGUAUCUUUAGCUUCAAUCUUUGUUAUAAUGCCUCCUUUUGGGCUUAAAGAGCAUUACGGUUCUUGAUGGUUUUGAAAGUGUGGAGAUAGUGCCCACUUUGUGUGUUUUCAUGGGAAACUUCUGUUCUCGCCCAUGCAACUUAUUGUUUGGUUCUUAUACAAGUCUAAGGUUUAAGAGAUCAUUGUAGUUAUAAUCUCCUCAAAUGUGAUCGAGAAUCUAUUCUUAUAUGUAUUCUUGAGGACAUGCAUCCAUUUCAUUUUCAGGAAGCAAUUUGGUAAACUUGGGAGAAUGAUUGGAAACCGUCCUAGGCUAAAAAGCAAACAGUCGGUUUUUAUUCAUUCCAGGUCCUGAUGACGCAGGUACAAUCUCCAUCACCAUAUAAAUAAAGCCAGGGUCGCCAUGAGGAAACAUGCCUCAUUAUAUCCGACACGUCCCUUGACAGUCUUGCCAAGAUGCGGUUUACCAGAGUAUUCAACCGAAGAGCUUCGAGAAGUUAUUCCCAAUGCGAUAUUUUCAAGCAAUCCUUGCAGGUGAGUUAUCUAUUCUGCUUGUGAAGUACUCUCUAUUGUUCAUCAUUAUGGUUUUUAGUCAUAUGGAGAGUUCUAGUCUACAAUCAGGAGAUUGUGUUCUUCCGACAAGACCUUGUGGUACCGGAUGAUCCGUUCACGCUUGUUAAAACCUUCCUCAGAAGAAACUAAUGACCCCUUUGAACACGUAAACACAUCUCUCCUCUCAAUAAUUUCCCAACUAUUGAUUUUACAGUUUUCCGAAUAAUCUGAAACUUGUGAAAUGUACAUGUUGGUUCAGCUUGUCUCCAAAUUAAUUCAUCAGAGCCAUCUAUGUCCUCUACCUCUCUUGUUUCAACCAAUAAUUUGGAACUAUGAUCACUGUCUACGACUAUAUCCAACUCCUUACACGGUACAUUCUUAAAUCUUCUUAUUAUAGAUCCAAUUCCACCAAGUUUGGAAACGCGAAACCCGCCUUAAAACAAGAAAGGAUUGUUGUUGACUUGUUGAUAUUGUUUGGAAUACAUAUAGUAUUAGGUGACAAGAGUGACAAAAAGGUAUGCAAAUUUGGGGGAGCAACAUGUUUUAAUCCAGGCUCCUUUUCAACUGAUAGCACCUUUGUAGCUUAUCGGCCUUCCACUCAAGAAAUCGAACUCUCUCCUCUGUGAUUCUCCUUUCAGUCAAAAGCCAUGAACUUCAAACAUAACUACAUGUCCUCUUUUUUGCUUCUCUGUUAAACGACUAUAUCACAAUAAGCUCCCCUAUACAUUUGGUUGGUACGUUAUUUGAGAUGUAUAUUGAUUUGCAUGGAGGCUUAUAGCUAUAUAUGGUGGAACAAAUUGAAAUUUUAAUGUAGAGUAAAUUCAGAUUUUAAUAGUUUCAAACCUUUUCAACUUUUGACUUUUUCAUCGGUCCUCCUUUUCCCUCGCCGUAAAUACCAAGUCUCAAACCCAAAAACUCCUCUCUCUUGUCACUUAAAAGACUAGCUAGAGAGACAUUUUUUUCUACAAACUGAAAUGAGCAAAUAUCAAAAUAUCUAACAUGUUCGAAAUGUCUUCUUCCUCUGUAUCGAUCUCUAUCUUGGCCGUGGUGGCCAUGCAACUCUCUUUUAUCCACAAUGUUCUGUCCCUAAACCAGACCAAUUCGUAUCUGCAACACAUAUGCAUCAACAGUGAAGGAACAUACAAGCAGAAGAGUUCAUACGAGAGCGAACUCAAAGAUCAUCUCGACAUUAUGUCUAACAUUCUAGACUACGGUUUCGUCCACGGUGUAGGUGGUGCGGGUUCCAAGACCUACUACAUCAAGGUCCUAUGUCGGGGCGAUGCCUCCGAAUCCAAGUGCCGCUCUUGCCUCUAUACCGCCUUCUCUGUGAUUCUUAGGAGAUGUCCGAACAACAAAGGGAGAAUAAUAUGGUACGAUGACAACUGUUUUCUCUACAUUUCCGAGAUAUAUACCUUUCAGAAGGUCGAUUACAAGCACUAUUUGUAUUUGCACAAUGCCAAAGAUGUGAACGGCAAUACAAAGUUGUUCAAUAAGAACACAAGGGCUCUCCUAUAUAAGCUGAAGGAGAAAACAACUCGUAAAGAACAAGAGCCUUACACAAAAGACUACAUGUAUGCGACGGGGGAAGAAAGUCUCGGGACGAUGAAAUUGUACGGAAUGAUGCAGUGUACACAAGACUUAUCGGUUAAAAAUUGCAGUGUGUGUUUGGAUUCGAUUAUUGCGAAGCUUCCCAGGUGUUGCAACGGUAAACAAGGAGGAAGAGUUUUGAAUCCGAGUUGUACUUUUAGAUAUGAGCUUUACCCUUUUGUAAAAGCAUAAAAGACCAUUUCAUGAGAGCUCCAAAUAUUUAGUUUUUGAU